AUGAAUAGCCUUCUUCUUCUUCUUCGCCACCCUCUUCUGCCUCUAUCUGUGGCCACCGCCAAGUUACCAUUACCACCCUUUCCCCAAACCUAUUAUGCAUCUAAACGGAUACGAAUGAUUCCUGAAAUAUUUAACGGAUUCUCUUCACGUCCCACAAUCGCUACAUUUUGCACUACCAACAAAGACUUGUCAACUAGUAAGUGUGUACUGUGCAAUACAAAGGACUUGCAGCCCAUGACCCACGAUGCAGCACGCACUCUGCUUCCACAGAUUGCCGAAUGGAAUUUGGUGAACGAGGAUGAUGUAUUGAAAUUGAGGAGAUCAUGGAAAGUGAAGACUUUUACCAAAGGGUUGGAAUUUUUCAGGAUAAUAGCUGAUCUUGCUGAAGCUGAAGGUCAUCAUCCUGAUCUUCACCUUGUUGGCUGGAAUAAUGUUACUAUAGAGAUUUGGACACAUUCUGUGGGUGGCCUGACGCAGAAUGACUUCAUUCUUGCUGCUAAGAUCAAUGAGCUUAAUUUGCAUGACUUGCUUAGACGAAAGGCUUCCAACUGA